AGAUUGGCAAAUUAUUGGAGAUAGUUAUCGGUUACGAUUAUCGGAGUGGAUAGCCUAGUUCGUUUGGAAUUUCUCGAGCUUUCUCUCUCAACUCUGCUACCAGUUUUGAGAGGUCAAAUAAAUAAGAAAUAAGAAUCUUUUCUUUAUAGGCAACUUUGUUCAUGGUCGUAUGAGCUAUCAGCUAAUCACCAGUCAAAUUGGCGAUCAGAUGUAUUCAGGAAUAUUAUAAUGGAAGAGAAAAAAAUAGAGUCCACUGCUCUUGAUAGAGCUUUAAAAAGGCGUUUUUCACUGCUGGAAAAGACCAGGAUUCACAGAAUUGCUGAAAGAUGCUUUCAAUCAGAUGAACCUCCGGUUCGAGAACGUAGAUUUAUUGUCAAAGGCUUGGGAGACACUGAGCGUCCAAUAAAUAUAGCUAAGAAGGCAGAUGUUGCAAAAGUAACUUAUCACCCUAUCGAUCCUGAGGUUAUACGGAAUUACAAUACUUGGCUUGCUGAGAGAAAAACGUUGAGAGAAGAUUUAAACCAGUUAGGAAAUUACACUUCAUGGAUUCAAGGGAAACGAAAUCCAACAGCAUUAGAAUCGAGGGUACUUCAGACACAGACCGCAAAGCUCAAUGCUCUCUGUAGUGAUUACAGCGACUCUAUACCUUCCACUCCUGAACUACAGGACUCCUCUCUGGCUGAUUCAGACCGAGCGAUCUCCAGAUCCACCGUUGCCACCCCACCCCCUGUUUCUGAUGCCAUCAGGAUCCUGCAGGAGUAUGUAGAUAAGAGACAUCUCCGUCUACAUGAUCUUUUUACGCAGAUGGAUAAGAACAAGUGCUGGUCUAUUGGUGCACCAGAACUUGGCAAGAUUGGUCUUACUCAACGACAGAUUGAAGAGCUACUCGGACCGUUGGAUAAACUGUCUUUUAAAGAUGUGAUUAACGCUUCGAAUGCACUGAAGACAGAAAAGAGGCUGGUGAAGAAAUGUCUCAGACCUCCCUUGCCUCCUAUCAGAUCUACUGAAAACGAUGAUCUGAUAAAUGAUACAGAGACUCCCGGUGAGCUGUUUGAAGCUCCAAGAUCACCGUCUGAAGACUCAAACCGUAGUUCGUUCUCUCCUCUUGAAUGGGCGCAGUAUUCACACCGACUGGUCCCCUCCCUGGAAUCCAACCUCCGGGACAGAAUCCUGAAUUUCCGGGACGAAGCUUGGAACGAGUACCAGAACCUGGUGGUAAAGUGUUCAGAGGAGAAGGUGACAUUGUCGGUGAUAACACUGGCUAAGGGGCUGUUAGCACCAGGUGACAGGAGGUGGGAGGAGUGCACUAGACAUCUGAGGCAGAUGACGGGGCUAGAGAUGGUGCAACACAAGGCACCUGAUAUAGGAAAGGGAGUUCAAGACAACCCGUUCUCAUCCGAAAGCUGUGAUAAACUGGAAAGUAAAGUCUCAAAGUUUUACGACACCACGCUCCAGUACAGAGACAUAGCAAAGAAGAAUCCAGGAGAGAAGAUGAGAUUGAGUACAGGAGUUGCUAUAGUCCGUCCUAGAACUGACUGUUGGAUGUCUUACGAGGAGUACUUAGCUUUGACCGCGAAUGUGCGAACGAAAUUCCGCUGGGUUUACGGUACACACGAACCUUGGUGCGGGCACUUGCUGGACAAGAUACGACUGUGCAUGCCAAUGGAACUAUCCCGCAAUGGAGCAGUCUCUUUGUUCAAUAUCACGGGUCCUGAUAAUUAUAAAGAUUUGGCUGGAAUAAAAAGAGGUUCUGGAUACUCAACGAACCCAGGCGGUUAUCAUCAGAGUGGUACUAAAGUCAGACAAAACUUACUUUAAUUUGCCAUUAUCAGCAAUUAUAUGGUUUAUUAUAAUGCCAUAAAUUAAAUGAGUUAUAGAUUAUGUAUAAGACUGUGUGUUCAAGUUAUGAUACAUAUUUGAUAAAUGGUCAAUGAUGCGUUGUGAAUUUUUAACAUAGAUGCAAAAUUAGAUAAUACAAUUUUAAUGUGAUUUCAUUUGAUUUUGAUUAGUUUGAGAUUUUAGGUUUUUAGACAUUGUAAAUAUAUCACAAAGUUUGAUUAAAGAAAGGGUUACAA